AUGGACUGGAAGCAUGAUUUCUUCAAUGUAAUCUUUCAGAACUGGUUUAUCAUUGGCUUGAUGCUAUUCUGCAUCCUCCUCUCUCCUUUGCGGACGUACCUGGCCCAAGACGUAGUGAAUAUGGAAGGCAGAACAGGCUCUUGGCCUACGGUUCCUCCACCCGAAGAGGGUGUGUUUCACAUUGUUCUCAUGAUGUUCUUCGUGGUGCUGGCGAUCGGCAUAUCCUGCGUCGUGUUCUUGCCCGCCAUUCUCAACCCAUUUCUGGCACCUGUGGUCCUCCAUGCGUCGCUUUCCCUGGGCGGUGCAGGAAACGUUUGGGGCCUGCCGGGCACAAAUGCUGAGGCAGAGGACUUUGUGGGCAACCUAUGCCGCUACGCCUUCCUGACGUUGUCAAACUUGUUCCUGAUGAGGGCCUUGCGGCAAACCAACGUCAAGCCCAGUCUGAUCCCGUGGGUGAUGCUGUUGAACUCCGCAGUGAACCGAUGCGGAUUCUUCAGAGGUCCAGAAGAGAGGCCGUUCCACUUGUUGGACCUGAUGAUCUUAAGCAUGGUCACCUACGCCUAUGGCCUGCGACAUCGCAAGAUCGUGGGCGACUAUAUUUGCCGAUAUUGGUUCGUCUUGCUGAUUGGUUUUGGGAUGACGUGGCCACCAGACCUGGAUACACGACUCGACGUGCACCCCACACACGACCUCGUCUUGAGGUCCAAAGCCGAAAUCAUGGAGACCCUGUGCUUGAUUGCUUGGCUGAGUGCCGCCGACCGCUUCUUGUCAAAGGAGAUCUUCACUAUGGACAAGCUCGGAUUCCUGAACGACUGGGCCUUGAUCCUUUUCCUUGUCCACAAGGCUGUGCACAUGAUAUUUGGAGUACCACGCUCCUGGUUUGUGUUGAUUGGGCUGAUGCCGGUUGCUUGGCUCUUCAGGCGCCGCGAGACCCAGUGA